AUGGAUUCAUUCCUAGACCAAAGAACGCCGAUGGCGGCAAGGGUUUCCAUGGAAACUUCCAACAGCCUUGUUCAAGCAUCAAGGCCCACUGAUGUGCUUACCUUUGGAAGGCAUGUUGAGUAUGGAAAGAAAUUCGGCAAGUCGCCGCAACAAAUCGUUCAGGAUGGGUCCGAAUUUGGAGGAGAAGUCAUCGUAGAGGGGGGCGGAACAGUUACCCAGGGCAAUGAAAUCAAAGGAGAUAUUGAUGCAAGGGCGAUACAUCAAACCGGCUCUAGAUUCAUUUCAACAGCUCGUGUCAAGGAUCAGAAUUCCACCUUCCUGCAGAGGAACCUCAUUGAGAAAUGGACUGUGUAG